AACAGACGAACUUCUGCUUUUCUAGGAAGAUGAACGGGAAAGAGAGAAGCUGAAACAAAAACAGUGAUGGGGUUGGCAGCUGCAGAGAAGGGGGGGUGGCUCUCCAGCCAAUGGGGCUGCAGUUGAGCAGCUCUGUUAGUGACUCGGAGCUCCUUUUCCCCGCCCAGGGAGUAAAACAGUCUGGCUCUCAGUGACAGCUCAGACAUUAUGCUUGUGAGACACACAGGAGUAAAUACCCUUAAGUUCUCUCACACACACACACACACACACACACACACACACACACUCACACUCAUUGUUGAGAUGGUUCACUGAAACUGACCCUCUGUGGACGGACUUACUUUUCUCUAAGUGGCACUGAACACAACUGCGUAACAAACAUGAAGAAACUUGCGAAGGCUCUGUAUGACAACACUGCAGAAUGUGCAGACGAGCUGGCCUUCAGAAAGGGCGACAUCGUCACAGUGAUGGAUCAAAACGUGGCCGGCACCAGUGGAUGGUGGAUGUGUUCUCUCCAUGGACGGCAUGGCCUGGCCCCUGCAAAUAGACUGCAGCUUUUACCACAAAACGAAACCCCUGCAGGUUCAUGGAGUCAUGAGAAACCCAGGUUAACCGACGCCGAAGCUGAUCACGGUGCGCAAAAUAUCUACCAAAUCCCAAGCGUUCCCCGACCGUCCAGCAGCCCGGCUUAUGAACGCAUGGACAUGAUCUACAAAGUGCCCUCCACUCCUUUAUCUGCUUCAAGAAAUUCAAUCCCAUCAGCACUUAAACUCAGCCAAGAAGGACCUGAGACUUCAUUCUUCAGCAUGGUGUUCGGUGCGAAAGGGGAGGUUUACGAUGUCCCAAACCAAGCGAGACGCCCUUCUCUUUUCACUGAAUCGAUCACUCCAAGACACAUGCCACGAACUAACUCACUGCUACCAAUUUCAGAGCUGGAGAGAAGAUUGGACUCUCUGGAGAGUUCAAGGUGUAGCAGUCCUGGAGACACAUAUGUGUACGCAGUUCCACCACCUUUGAGUCAGGAUCCCAACUAUGACAUCCCUGUCCCCUCAGUGACAGAAGCACCACAGAUAAACAUGGCUGGAUUUAACACCCUGCCAAGCCCUCGCAAGCCUGAGUGGAUUUACGAUGUGCCUGUGGGUCCCGAGACACAAAGUCCACCACCGGGCUCCUAUGACACCAUGCCAGCCAAAGCUGUUUGCAGGCAGCUGUGUGGCACUCUCCCAGCACAUGCAUGGCCCAUUCAAAGAAGCGGUCCAGCUCCCUCGCUUUAUGAUAUACCAAAGCCCAGCACUCUUGACAGUCCCCCUAAGGUCCUACCUAGGACUCCCAUCUACGACAAGCCACCAACUCAUACAGAGGAAAUGGUCUACGCAGUUCCCCCUCAGGUGGAACCGAACCCCCUAGUUCUCGGCGAUUCCAAAAGAGCUCAUAUACCCCUAGAGUGCAGGGGUGACUCAAGCAAUGCCAAUGAACUGAAAAGGGUACAGCUUCAAAGAAUGAGGAAAUUCCGGACUUAUACGUCUUUCCACGACCUUCCAGGAAGCGGGGAGUCAUCGGUGCAUGACGAUGUUGAGCGGGGAAGAACCCUGCGUCUCUCUGCGGCAGACAGUCAACGAAGCAGCACGGCCUCCAGCUCGUCCACCAGCUCCUGUGAAUCUCUGCCUCUGAGCUCCUCCUCCCCCGAGCCUCUGCGAGAAGUGACGCUCAGCCAGGAAGAGGCCUGCCGCAGACUCCUGGACCUGCAGGAGUGUGUUUGCAGGGCCGUGCCCCGUCUCAUGGACUUUGUCAGCAGUCACUGGAGAAGCAGAGAACAUCUGGAGAAGCAUCUGAACGAGAUCAAAGAAGCAGCAGACAGUAUCGCGACUUCUCUGGCAUGCUUCCUUCACUUUGCCCUCGACAUUAAGGGCAACGCCCGACGCUUGACGGAUUCCAACCUUCAGACGAGGCUUUUUAAACAGCUGUCCAUCAUAGAGGACUCAGGCGUCAUCCUACAACAAACAGUAUGCGCUCUGAACUUGGCUGGCUGGCCCCUCAACACGCUCUGUCAGGACCCAGGGCAGGUCCAGACACCUGACCAACUGGAGCGCUUUGUUAUGGUCGCGCGCACUGUUCCAGAAGACGUCAAGCGCUUGGUGUCCAUCGUCAACGCGAACGGCAAACUUCUUUUCAGAGUUCCUCAGAGAGAUCCAGAGCGUCCCCGUGCCCAAAGUCAGCCAGACACAAAGAAAAGUCCUGACGUGAGCGAACAAGGAGAAGACUUAGCGGAGGACGAUGACGACUACGUGGAGCUACAGACAAAGAAUGAUUUUGAAAAGCAGAAGAAGGAAGUGGAGGCAGCAGCCAAAGAAAAUGACACACCAGUCUCUAACAAGGCGCAUGCUGAUAACAAACUCCAAAAUCUGCCACCUUCCAUGUCGGAGCACUGCCGGCUUUACUUCGGUGCUCUCCAAAAGGCCAUCAGGGGAUUCGUGGGCAGCCUUAAGGACGGCCAGCCGCCGGAGAAAUUCAUCUCGCAGAGUAAGCUGGUCAUCAUGGUGGGCCAGAGAUUGGUGGACACCCUGUGCAGGGUGGCCCAACGUGGAACCUCCAGCGAGAGCCUGCUGUGUAAGAGCAACCACCUGUGUGCUCUCCUGAAGCAGCUGGCUGUGGCCACCAAGAAGGCGGCGCUGCACUUCCCCGAUAAGCAGGCUCUGCAUGAGGCCGAAGAGUUUGCGAAGGAACUUGCCCAAAGAGCACAGUACUUUCGGAUAUCGCUGGACCUGUGAGAAGGCACAUAUCAGGCAUAUUGAUUUAUUUGUACAGAAAAAGACUUUUGUUUUUUUAUCAGUAACUUCCUGUAGCUGUAGGUUUCAUUAUUUCUUUCUGUUCAUAUUUAACCAAGUCCUGGCUUCACCAGCCAGUUGUAGCUGUAUGUUGAAUGAUGUCGAUAUAAUAAAAGCAGGUGCUGGUUUAAAUGUUGAUGAAAUUAGAAAACUUGCUGGGACAAGCGGAGGAAUUAAAAUAUAAACUUAUAUUUGUACUCAAAAGAAAACUUCAACAUGGAGUUCUGAAAUAAAUUGCACAUUGAGGAUACUUUAGUCAAGCCCAUUUUAAAAUGCAACUUAAUUAUAAAAUGUUUCGACAUUAUAUACAGCAAGUUUAUUUACUCUUAACUGUUAUAUUAAUGUUGUAUGUAUUUUACUAAAACUAUAGCAUAAGGGGAACACUCACUAGGGUAGUAGUUUGUUCUACUUUGUGUUGAUAUCCAAGUAAAUAUUCUAAAACUGUAUUAUGCAUUCCUUCAUUUUCUUGACACAGGUAUGAAAACAUGUUGGAUUUUCAUUGAUAUCAAAAUAAAAAACCUUCAAACCCUU